UUUGGUUUUUUAUUGUUAGGGUUUGUUUGGUUCAAGGUUAUCAUCCUUCUUUGAAUUCCAAUGUGCAUUUUACUCUUGACAAAGGGUUGACGCAAAAAAAAAUUGGUCCACACAUUGAUUAUUCCGCAGCAUGGCAGUUGCAAGAGAUAUUCAAGGAAAGAAGAAUCGUGUUGUGGCAAUUAUAAAUAAUUGGACAACAAUGGCUGGUCAGGUCUAUGAGGCAAUGAGCAAUGCUGGAUAUCUUGAUUCUAACAUGAUAGUGAUUUUAAAUGAUAGUAGGCAUUCUUUACAUCCUAAGCUUGAUGAUGGAUCAAAAAUGGCAAUCAGUCCGCUCUCCAGUAGUCUAAUCAAGCUCCAAUCUAGUAGAUCUUUCCGGAGAUUCAGGGAAGCUGCAAAGGGAAUAACAAAAAGAAUUGUUAAAGCCGUGCUUGAAUUGGCAGCCAAAGUAGAUGAGUAGGCACGUGGUAUGAUUGGUCCUCCUGGAGCUACUCUCUUUGAAGAACUUGGAUUGUACUACAUUGGACCAGUUAACGGGCACAAUAUUGAUGAUCUAGUUUGUGUACUUAAUGAAGUGCCAUUAUUAGAUUCAACUGGUCCUGUUUUAGUACAUGUCAUCACAGAGGAUGAGAAGGGCUUGGAAUCUACUGAUGAAGCUAAAUGAUUGAAUCCUUUUGUAUUACAGAAUGCUGCAGGGCAAGGUCUCUAUACCAUUCAUCGUAUAUGAUGCAACAAUAUGGACAAGUGUGCACAUGCAAACAUAAAUUGGAAACAUAUAUCUAGGCUGCAAUUGCAGAUUUUCUAAGUGGUGAAUAUAUUCUCAAUUUGGUGUUGAACAGGGACCUCAAAAUCAUGCCCUUUAGUAUCAGAUUUGAAGUCCAUGAAAAGCAGCCUCAGGACGUUCAAUGAUGUUCUUGUGGAAACUCUAGUAGCAGAAGCAGAAAGGGACAAAUCAAUUGUGGUAGUCCAUACUGGCAUUGCAGUUGAUCCAUCUCUUAAGCUUUUCCAGUCUAGAUUUCCAGAUAGAAUCUUUGAUAUAGGAAUGGCAGAACAACAUGCUAUUACUUUUUCAGCAAGAUUAUCUUGUGGAGGCAUGAAACCAUUCUGCAUAAUUCCAUCAACAUUCUUACAAAGAGGAUAUGAUCAAGUGAUUUUCUUUUCCUGUCUUCAAUGGUUACCUCCCCAUACAGGACUUGCUCUCUCCAAACCCAUUAAGAUUGCGUCUGCUGCUUGUACACAUAUGAUCAUUAAAAAUUGCACCACAACAGGAUUUUUUAAGGUCAUUGAAGAUGUGGAUCUGCAGAAAGUUCCUGUAAGAUUUGCCAUCAGUAAUGCUGGGCUUGUUGGAUCUGAAGGUCCUACUCAAUCAGGAAUUAUUGAUAUUACAUUCAUGGCAUGCUUGCCAAAUAUUAUUGUCAUGGCACCAUCAGACGAAGAUGAACUCAUUGACAUGGUAGCUACUGCUGUUCGUAUCAAUGAUAGGCCUAUCAGCUUCCAAUAUCCUAGAAUUGCCCUUUUGGGAAAUGGUAGUUCAUUACAUAACGGGAUUCCUAUUGAGAUCGGGAAGGGAGAGAUCCUAGUGGAAGGAAAGCACAUGGCUCUUCUUGGCUAUGGUGUGAUGGUUCAGAAUUGCCUGAAGGUCCGAUCUUUGCUUGCUAGUCUCGGUAUUGAGGACCAUGAGUUUUUGAUGACGGUUGAGGAAGGAACUGUCGCGGCUUUGGUGCUCAUGUUUCUCAAUUCCUGGCUCUUGAUGGCUUGCUUGAUGGAAGAGUGAAGGUGCCGUUUUUCUCCUAUCCUUCCCAUCUUUUUGUUGACGAAUGUAUUCAUGCAUUGGCAUGAUUCAAUUUACGACUUAAUCACCUCUCUGAGUUCAUCUUUGUUUGAAUCACCAUUGGCGGCCCAUGUUGCUACCGGAUAAUUACAUCGAGCAUGCAUCCCCAAGGGAGCAACUAGAUAUUGCUGGAUUGACCGGACAUCACAUUGCAGCGACAGCAUUAAGUCUGCUAGGGCGUUUUCGCGAAGCCUUCAGCUUGAUGCGGUAGAACUGCUCUAACUUCGCGGGCAAAAUGGAUAGACACAAAGGAGGAGAUUGGGUUCCUAUAAGAUGUCUAUAAUACUACGAUUUUUUUUGCAGAGGCUGCCAGACUAUCUAAAUUGAGUUUCUUUCGGUCGGCUUAAUGAAGUGGCUUUUCAGUAUGAGCUGCAUUUGGUGAUGCAAUGGGUCGACUGCCAUCGUCUUUUGCCAUUAUGCUGUUGAUAGUCAUAAACCGUUUUGAGCAAUCAUGGAAAGCAAAUGCCUUCAGCAUCGAAUCGGGAACGAAAGGAUCUGUAUUUUGUUAUCUGUGUAGGUAUUAUACGUAAGCUAUCAUCGUGCCAUGUUCCAUGUGCAAUCGCAUUGGCAAUGUUAAUGGCUUCAUUCGGUGUAUCUUAUAGUUUAGCAACUUGAUCGGAAUUCGACAAAACUUAACUCUUAAAUUGGAUUUU